AGAUGGCGUAACUACAAAGAGCGUUGCUCGCUUGCCCAAUGGAACACAUAAUAAUAAAACACAAAUAAUGGAAUUAUGUUAGUAAUAGAAGUGCAAAAUACAAUAAAUCAUGGCCGGCAUUUAUCCCAGAGAGGCGGUACGCGUCAAAGUCAAGAAAUGUGAGGCAAGCAGGCAGCACGAGUGGCGCAAAUUCUCCGUGGAUCCCCAAAUAACCACACUGGAGGUGCUCUAUUCGCUGCUAGCGAAAGCCUUUGACAUUAAAUCGGAUUUUUCAAUUAAAUACAAGGCCUUCGAUCCAGCUGGCAAUGAAAUAUAUUUGGCUGUGCUCUCCGACUGGGAUCUGGAAGCUGCAUUCCUUCGCAUACACAAUAUAUCCAUACAGACAGCAUCGGAACCAUGCCUAAUGCUACAAAUCGAUGUCAAACCCUUCACCGUUGUUCGCGAAUGCGAAACUGAAUCCACGACGACGAGCCGAGCCAACAAUGUAAGCAGUACGGCCACGUUCUCGACAAGUGUUUCUCCAUUGCAAUCAUUGGGUGUAUCGCAGAAAUAUGUUCAGCAUAUGCAGACGAAGCUUCCAGGCUUGAUAAUGAACCAGAUGGAAAAGACAUUUUCGAUUGUGCAGAAGGCCUUCAAUUUGUCUGACGAGCAUAUGGCCAAUCUACCGCCACGUCCGCCCAUGUGCGAUAGCGAAUUUCGAUUAUAUCUCGAUGCUUUGGGCCAAAUCCAACGCAGGGAUGAAUUGCGAAAAAUUAUCUUUUUGGGCGGCAUUGAGCCCGGUUUACGGCGCGUCGUAUGGAAGCACUUGCUAAAUGUCUAUCCAAGCGGCCUGCAUGGCCUGACCAUGGAUGGGCAUCAGCGCAUGGAGUUUAUGCGUCGCAAAUCCGAGCAGUACUAUAAGUUGCGCGACACCUGGAAGUCGGCCGUGCAACAUGGCUGUUCCGCCGGCGAGCUGGCCUAUGUGACGAGCAUGGUGAAGAAGGAUGUGUUACGCACGGAUCGACUGCACCCGUUCUAUGCGGGCAGCGAUGACAAUCAGAACAUUGCCUCGCUCUUCAAUAUACUGACCACAUAUGCGCUAAAUCAUCCCGUGGUCAGCUAUUGCCAGGGUAUGUCGGACAUCGCCUCACCGCUUCUCGUCACCAUGAAUGACGAGGCGCAAGCCUACAUAUGCUUCUGUGCCAUAAUGGCGCGUGUGCGAGGCAAUUUCAUGCUCGAUGGCAUUGCGAUGACUCAGAAGUUUGCCCAUCUCACCGAAGCACUGAGUUUCUACGAUCCUGAGUUCUGGGAGUAUCUCAAGUCACAGCAGGCGGAUGAUUUGCUCUUCUGCUAUCGCUGGCUACUGCUCGAACUGAAGCGUGAGUUCCCCUUCGAGGAUGCGCUACGCAUGCUGGAGGUGCAGUGGAGCUCAUUGUGCUACAACAAUAAUGGCUCCAAAGAGUUAUCUCUCUACGAAAAGGAAUUCGUGCCCUUAACGGAGACAUCGGCGCCGAACAGUGCCAGCACGUUUUCCACAUCAUACAGCGCCACACCGACGAGUCCAUCGUAUCUGCUGACAAAGCCGCGUGAAAAUCCCUACACCAAAGUCUGUGCGCUGCGUCGCCAGAGCUCGUCGGCAUCGCUUAGCUCGCUGAGCUCCUCAGUGGGCGCCGCCAGCAGUCAUGCGCUGGACAACUCAAAGCGUCUGAAUCACAGUCUGGAUGACAAUAUGUCAAGGCAUGCGGCGCGUCGUCAAAGGAGGGUUUCGUCCAAGGCCCAUCAGAGUUUGGACGAGUCCAAAAUGUUGGCGCUCAUCGAGGGUGGUGUAAUAGAGAACAGUACUAAGUCGGUGCAGGAGUUGUCGGCCAGUGAGGAUACUGAUGACGAUGUCUUUGAUCGAAAGGAACAAAUUUCGUCAUCUCCGCCACAAUUUCAUGAAACGAAUCCAUUUAAGGAGGAUGCACAGCAGCCGAUCAACAACAAUAACAAUAAUGUAAACGCGCCAGCACGAUGUUUUCUGGGCAGCUCAUCAUCUUCCAACAUGGGCGAAGACAAGGAGAUCAAUGUCGCACAGAAUCUGGCCAAGCUGAAGCAGAAGAACAUUCUCAAUGUAAGCAAUAUGAUUGCCAAGCAAUUGGCAUCCAAUGCCAGCACCGUCAGCGAGAGCGUCAAACGCGUCAGCAGCAGUAGCGGUGGCCAUUUCAAGGAUCUCAAGGAGAAAAUCGCGGCCAGCAGUCGCAUGGGCAUCUCAUUCGAUGGUGGCGUCGAUGAUGCUGAGAACAAGACGCCACCCAAACUGGUGAAGAACUUUAACGAGUUCCUCAACUUUGCAGCGAUCAACAAGAAUCGCAUUUCGGAUCGUCUGUCCAAUCAGCUGCAGCUCAAUGAGAAGCCGCAGCAGCAGCAGCAGUCGCAAGUCAUCAAGCCAGUUGUACAGCUGAUUAAGAGCGGUCAGCUGGGCAGCUCACUGGAUGAAUCCGACUCCUCUUCAAUACCGGAGACCAGCUGGAGUGCCUCCACAGCGGCCACAGCCAUACAACAGGCGCAGGAGCUAAGCAGCUACAGUUUACAAUUGGAUCUUAAUGCAGUGUCGCCAGAACAGCCACAGAAACAAAUGGAGCAAGAGCACGAGCAGCAGCUGCCAGAUGGUAGCACAACCGAUCAGGAUCCCGAUCAGGAGUACUAUCCCAUGACAAAUGCCAUAACGCGCGAGCUGCGACUCGAAUCGGAGAAUCUGGAUAGGCAGGUGUUUGGUCUGCCCUUUACGGAAAAGCAAACAGCUGCAGCCGCCGGUUCUGCUGCACCUGCUACUGCUGCAAACGAUGAUGAUAUUGAGUACGAGAAACUCGACAAGGACACGCUAGAUAUGGUCGAUGAUCUGAAGGAAAAUGAGAUCAUCUCCUGUCCCGAUGUCAGCGAGCUGCACAUGCGCCGACGUCAACGAAUGGCUGCCACCAAGAGCAAUAGCGUGCAACCAGCCGAGAUGCAAUCGUUGAAUCCCUUUAUCGAUGACACCCGCCUGCUGGAUGCUGGAAGCGGCAGCAUGCGCAACAGCAGCAGUCUGCCUGAGGUCAUAAUGCCCAUUUCAACGGAACCGAAUCGCGUGGAGGCGCCAACGCUCGUGGAAAUAGCAACGAAUGCUGACGAUGAAAGCGCAUAUUCGCGCUCGCCACAGCGUCUCUCCACGAAUCCCUUGAACGGCCUGAACAGCACGGCUGCUGCACUGCCGCCGCCUAGUGAAUUUGGUGGCGGCAAUGCUUUUCUUAUGUUUCUCUGCCUGACGCUGCUGCUGCAGCAUCGAAAUACCAUUAUCAAGGCGGCGAUGGACUACAACGAGAUUGCGAUGCACUUUGACAAGAUGGUGCGAAAGCACGAUGUCACCCGGGUGCUCAACCAGGCCAGGCGCAUGUACUUUGAGUAUUUGCAGGCGCACCGCAAGCAGCCGCACAACAGCACCGCAGCUGCCACAAGCAGCACAGCAGUUGCCACAAGCAGCACACCAAUUGCCACAAGCAGCACUGAAGCCACAAAUAUAGCAUAAGUUGGACUGAGCUAAGCUGACAAGAGAACUGAAUUAUAAAUGGGACAAAACUUGCUUUAUGGAUUGUUCGAGAGACGACUGCACGGCUGCGAUUUACAUUCAGUUGACAGCUUUAGUAUAAAAAGCUAAACUUCCUUGUUAAAGGUCUUGUGAAGCUAAGUUGAGCUGCAAGUUGCUCAAAAUGCACCCAAGAAAAUGCAUUUUGCCUGCGUGAAUUUGUGUAACCAAAGUUUUUAGUUUUUAAAAUUUAAUUUAAAUGGCAACUAACACGAAGACCAAACGGGCCAAAUGGAAUUAGUGAUUAUAUUUUACCCCGAUCUAUUCAGUUCAGCAUUCUGCAAUUUUAAGCGCCUACAAUUUUACUCUCAAGAAACCACGUACUUAAUAACUGCAACUACGCAUAAUUGUUACCUUUGCCGUAUUAUUGUGUCAAAACCUAAAUCUUGUUCCAAUUCAAGCAGAAUUGGACUUUAUUUUACUUUAAAGAAAUCAUUUAACAUUUUUUAAAUUUAUGUCUUUUAUGUACUUGUGUAAAGUAAACAGAAAUCUAAUCUUUAAACGAUCGCUAAAUAAAUGCAUUCCAAAACAAAAAA